AUGCAUGGUUCUCCUCUCAACAUAUCAACUCAAGCUCAAGUCACUCGAGCAUCUGGAUCUAAACCACCCCCGCGAUCUCAUAUAAAUCCCAAAAACAUUUCUCGUGCUCAAAGCACAACUCCUCGUCCUCCCAAAACAACACAUCAGAAACAAAAGCAGAAGCAAGGACGAGGUCAUGAUGCAACCUCAGACACUACAGAUCUCACACCAUUAUCAGAUGAAGAAAUGGACGAAUCUGCCACUCCCAAUCUCAAAGGUCGUAAGACACCCACUCAAAUGAUAUAUAAGAAAAGUCCAAAACCUUCCUCGUCCAAGAAACCCCAGGCGUCUGGAAGUAAAGUUAUCACCGCUGUGGGUCCACACGGCAGAGAAAAGAAAAGACGAUUGAAACUUGGUGCUUCUGCAAGGAAAAGGGAAAGGGACGAUAAAUUUUCACAAGCGUUUUCUGGUGGAGGAGUAGGGUUGACUAGUGAGGAUGGCGUUUCUAGUUUUGGGGAUGACGAAAGUGAAGAGGAAAGGUUCAUCACAGAUGAUGGUUUUGAGUUGGAUCCUUAUGAGGGAUAUGAAGUAGAGGAUUUGCAGUAUGGAGCGAGAGAGCUGGAUAUACGACAAGCUGCCUUGAGCGGGCUUUGGGAUGAGGAUGAGGAGCACUAUAUCGAUCAUCUGUCCGGAUCCGAAAUUGACCAGAUGUCCCAAUCUUCCGUCGGUAUCUCCGACCAAGACAUCCCUUCCUCCGAUUCUGAUGACUUCUCCUCUUCAUCAGAAGACGACGUCGAUGAAUUCGGUUUCCCACUUCUUCCCACUUUCCCCACUCCUGACGUUCCUGACGACAACCCGGGGUUGCUUUUGAUGGAAGAUUGGACCGGUCAACUCGUCCUCGUUCAACCUCGUCAAGAACGGUCCCGAUCCCGCGGUCGACACAGUCAAAGAGGGUCUACCUCCCGUACUGAGUCGGUCGGAGGUAGUACCAUUCUUUCUGCUGUCGAUCAACAAGGUCUCAUUAUCGAUCCAGAUGCACACGAACACGAAUUUGAUUCUGAUAGCUCUUUCUGGACUGCAUUGAGUGAUGAAGAUUCCAACGAAGGUGAUACUACCGAUUCUAUGGACGAAGAUGAAAUGCCAAUCAUCGAUUCUCCUGCAAUGCAAGAAAUGUUGGAUGCAAGGAAUAUUGGAAUUCCACAAUUAUCACAAUUACCUCCUGCUUCCACCGACAUCAACAUGAACUCUUCAAACAAUGGUCAACCUAUAAACCCUCAAACACCUUCAAUAUCAACACCUCUUCAUCCUCAAACUCCAGGUCAAAGUAGUAGUACGGCAGGACCAGUCAUGGGACGUUUUUUCCCAAUCACAACUCAUCCAGCACAUUACGCAGUCAUAGCUCAUUCCGAUACCCCAGCUAAAAGUCCUUUUACACAUGGUAAAAGACCCCGACGUCAAAGUAAUGAAACGAUAAUAACCAAUACGACUCAAAACAAUUCCAUUCAUCAAACAAAUCGUAAAAGAAAUCAUUUAUCCGAUAACGAUGUUUUUUCUCCAUUACAAACCAACGGAAAAUCUUUACAUAAUUCAACUCAAGGAGGAAUGUCAAAGAAACGUAGAUAUACUUCUAUACCUGGUCAUCCUAGAUAUAUCCGUGCACGUAGAGCAGAAGCUGCUUUAAUGGAACAAGAUAGAGAAACUACACCUUCUGAUUUAUCUUUAGAAGAUAUGUUAGAAACUUCGAUUUUAACUCAUGAACAUGAACAUGAACAUGAUGAAAGUUCAGGACAAAAUGUUAGAAGUAGAUUCGAUAGAAUACCAAUGUCUUUAUGUUUAGGUAGAAACGUCUUUUCGAAUGCUGGUGGAAGAAGAGGACAAGCUAGUAGUCCUAUUAAAAGACAUGGAAGGGGAGAGACAACUUUGGGAGAGUUGACGGGUGGGAGUGGGGGAGGGAGAUGGUUGAUCUCACCUGUUUUGACACCUGUUAAAGAGACGAAUACGAAAAGUAGGAAAGAAAAAAGGAAAUUGAAGAAACAAAAUGGUCUAGCACCGUUGAACAUUUGA